AUUCCAGACACAAUCUCUACCGACACGAAUCCUGUUUUCAUUUUCAUGAUUGAAUAAUUAGAGACUCGGUAGUCAUCGCUGACCCUUUUUCGACCUUGAAGCAAUCGUUGCUCGACAUGACGGCCGCCGCCCGACUGACCUUCCUGAGUCCACAGGUGCUGCGUGGGAUACGCGUGGCGCCUCGCUCUACAGCUGGCUUUACCAGGCACAGAGGCACCUUUGCACGAAGGAGAGGGAAGGCCAUUGAGCCUCAACUUCUGAAGGCAGACCCAACUCUGAACCUUAAUACCUCGCAUCCUCUUAUCAGCGACAGCGCCAUUCGUCCUGAGACAUCUACAGCCACAACGACAGCGACAGCGCAAGAGCAAUUGCAGCCCACACCCGACAGAUCAGUUUCGACCAACGAGACACAACCACAACAACCUAACAAGGAAAACGAGACAACAAAGGAGGAACAGGCCAGAAUGGCUCGUGAAGAGGCUAAACAGAGCGGACCUCUAGAGGCUGUACUACACAUGGAACCACCCGAGGCGAAGACGAAGACGACAAGACCUGGCCCAGCCAUGUCUCCACCACCAUACGUCCACCACUUUGACAGUUACUCGCUCGUGAAGCACUUGCAGGGUGGGGGCUGGUCGCAGGAGCAGGCUACAACAUCAAUGAAGGCCAUUCGAACGUUGCUCGCAGAGAACUUGGAAAUUGCUCAAUCAACUCUGGUUAGCAAGAGCGACGUUGAAAAUGAAACAUAUCUCUUUACUGCAGCCUGCUCAGAAUUAAGCACCGAGAUAAAAAACAACCGACGGCUCGAAGAGGAACAACUACGACAGCAACGCACGCACCUGCAGCACGAGGUUGAUAUCCUGGCACAAUCACUCAACCAAGAGCUUCACACAUUGAACGAUAAUGUGCGAGGCUCGUUCAACGAUCGGAAGAUGGCUGUCAGGGAAGAGCAAAAAGUCGUGGAGAGCGCUGUUCAACAAAUCAACUACAAAAUCAGCAGUGUACUUAGUAGCGAUGCAAAGUCUGAGAUCGAGGCCGUGCGCUGGAUUCUCAUCCGUCGCUCUGUCCUGGGCAUACUCUUCAUGGCAGUCCUCACAUUGGGAACCCUGAGAUACGCCACAUACGUGAGCCAUGAGCGACAAAGAGAAGUGAAUCGCAUCCAGAAAGAGGAGGAAGAGAAGAAACGAAAUGGUGGAAAACAGGAUCGCACAAUAGAUGCGGAUGCGGCAGCGAUUUUGGCCGCCAACGGAUGAGAACUUUCACUGUACAUGUGAUGAACACUUUUUUUCCUUGGAUACUUUUUCUUUUUGUUUUAUUACCGAUACCCCUAUAGAUUUUUCUACUUGAAGAGUAAAACGGGCUCUUGUCACAAAAAGAAGGCUACAUCAUGGUAACUUGUGUGGGAGUUGCAUGAGCUGAUGAGAGAGAGCCUUUUGAUAAUGUGGGAUGGGUUAGGGAUACAUGGUACAUAUAUAUACAAGGCAUAC